AUGGGAAAGGCUCAAAUUCCCUAUCUUCCGUGCUUCUGUACGGCACUGGUAAACUUACAUCGCACGCGUGUGUCCCCAACAGUCUUCGUCAUCAAUUCGUCGAGCACGAGACUGGUGGGCGCCGAGCCCAUGACCAGCUGCAUGCCAGGCAGCAUGAUGCAAGCUUGGGCUGAUCUAGGGGUCCACCGCCCAGCACUAGUUAUCACGGUCUACUGGUAG